CUUCAUUCAGUGUCUCGAUGUUGCAGCCAAUCACAGUUGGUCUAUGGUAUGUAAAUGGUGUACUUUGAGUCCAAGUCUUUCAUUAGAGCGUGAACAGCGCUAGUUCAGCUUCAGCGCCAAAAUGUUUUUUGCAAUGAUAUUUCUGAGCACAGCACGGUUGAUUCAAGCCCAAGAGAGUCCUACUUUGGUCUUUGUGGAAUCAGCAGGACUUGGAGAUACUGUUACACUUCAUUGUGAAAGUGGCAAUACGGUUAGCAGUUAUUUAUACUGGUACAAGCAAUCUCCUGGAUUUUUUCCCGAAAUGGUUGCUUUGAAAAUGUUUGAAUCAAUAACCUCGGAGCCCCACAUUAAUUUAACAUUGACAGAGGGAGAAGAAGGUGUUUGUGUCUUUCAUCUGACCAUUCAAAACGUAACUAAAGGUGAUGAAGCAAACUAUUUCUGUCAAAUAUAUUCACGUGACAAGUGGAAUAAUGUCACCUUUCUGUCUGUCAAAGAUCCCAAUGACCACAGGUUUGUCUCCCGGACUGUGGUCCAACAGCCUGUGUCAGCAUCAGCUCAGCUGGGAGACCCUGUGGCUCUCCAGUGCUCUAUUACCUCCGAGAGGAUGGACCACAGUAACCAGUGCCAAGGGGAACCCAGUGUGUACUGGUUCAAAUCUGGAUCAGGACCAUCUCACCCUGCUGCCAUUUACAUGAAUGGAAACAGGAGUGGUGAAUGUCAGAAUAGUUCUGGGCCUCCGUCUGCUCCACAGAGCUGUGUCUACACUCUCCCCAAGAACAAUAUAAACUCCUCUGAUGCUGGGACUUACUACUGUGCCCUGGCAGCAUGCGGGGAAGUUGUGUUUGGAAGUGGAACUAAGCUGGACAUAACAGGAACCAACUGGCGUCUAGUUACCAUGGUGCUUGGAAUACUGUUGGCUUGCUGUCUGGUUGUGAUUAUAAUCCUGUUACUAACCAGAAACACAAAGUAUGUUUGUGAUCAUCACGAAGUAACACUGAGUGCUUCCAACCAAGUUCCACAUGACUCAGGGGAUCAGGAACAACAGGAGCGGGAAACAGAUUCCUUAAACUACGCAGCGUUGGAGUUCUCUGGCAGGAAAACCAGAGGACGUAAGAAGAACAGUGAAAGGAAUCAGGAGAGUCUGUAUUCUGGUGUGAGAGAAACCUGCCAGUGAAGUCCAUCAACCUGGGAGUUUGUGUCACCUGAUGAGUCAAAAGAGGUGAUAAUGGUGGAAUUAAUCAAGACUUGUUUGUUGUCAUGAGUACCUACAUGUCGAUUGUUCCUAAUGUUUAGUGAUGUUGUUUUGUUUAGAUGAUAAGCAUUUAAUUGCUCAUAAUUUGUGAUGUAUUUUGUGAAACCUAUCUUGGUUGAUGCCCAGCAGGACUUGGCCAUGAAGGAAAAAUCAAGCAGUUAAAAUAAUCUUGAAUCCUAAAAUGAUACCUUACAAAAGAAAAAAGAAGAGACGAUGAAGUGAGUGAAAGAGGAAGGAUGAAAGAGGAGAAUAGAAAGACUGGAAAUGAAUCAAAUGAGAAACAAACAAAUAUAUAGAAAACGAGGUAAAACACAAAGAGAAAAGCAUGAACGCUACUUAAAGACCUCUGGUGCAGUUCAUAUCUGCUUUUUAAACCACAAUACUGACACAGCUUGCACAAAUGGAGAUGAGCAGGUGUAGAUACUUUCAGUCAUUGCAAAUUCCUAAUCCACCUGCAUUAUGUGCAUCUUUCUGUAAAUUCCUACAUUUUAUGAGAUCAAAUAACUGAUCGACUUGUGUUUACAUUUAGUUUAUUUUAAGUUUAUACUGACUUAGGACUCUUAAGUGUGUAAUUGUUUCUAGAAUGUGUUAACUGAUAUUAUUUGGAAUGGACAAGGAACGUGUGACCUUGACGUCAUUAGUUCCAAUGCUCCAAACAACUCGGCAAGAUGUACUGCUUUGUGGAAAAUUUGCAAUGAAAAAUAAAUUCAACUACUAAUAAUAA